AUGAGUGGCAGAUACUUACAAUACGGUAAAGCUGGUAUUUUAAUAACGAGGAACAUUACCAAUUCUUCGAUUAUAAGAGCUGGUGCUACGGCUACAUCAACAUCGACAACAAGUAGCUUUAAAAAGGUAACCCCAACUCCAACAACUGCAUCCACCACAUUGAAAGGUUACAAUACUACUUUAAAUAGCAGCCUUAAGGGGAAAGUUCUUCAAGAAAAUACAAAUGCUAGCACCAUAGAGAACCUACCAUCCAGGAAUGAAAACGAUAUUGAUUGGACCAAGUCAUGGUACGGUAUAGGGAUGAAACCAUUUGUGGAAUCAAUCCAAGAAAAGUUGUUACAACCAUUGGAAGCCAAUGAUAUCGAAAUCAAACCAGAUGGUUUAUUGUAUUUACCAGAAAUUAAAUACCGUCGUAUAUUAAACAAAGCUUUUGGAGCCGGUGGUUGGGGGUUAGUCCCCAGAUCCGAGACUAUCGUCACCUCAAGUUUAGUAACAAGAGAAUAUGGCCUAAUAUGUAAUGGACAAUUAGUUGGUGUUGCCCGUGGUGAACAGGACUAUUUCAAUGAUACCGGUAUUCCAACAGCUACAGAAGGUUGUAAGAGUAAUGCUUUAAUGAGAUGUUGUAAAGAUCUUGGGAUAGGGUCUGAAUUAUGGGAUCCUGUCUUUAUAAAGAAAUACAAAGAAACACAAUGUAUUGAUAAGUUUGUCGAACAUAUUGCUACAAAGAAAAAGAAGAAAAUUUGGCUAAGAAAAGAUAGAAAAGUAGAAUAUCCUUAUAAAUAG